AUGCCUAUUGAUAAAUCUAAAAUAAGGCCAACAAAUUUUAUUGAACCUUCAUGGCAUCCGAGAGGUUCUUUAAAUAAACCAGGUGGUAUCAUUGCCGGAGCAAUAUGGUCAACAUUAAAAAAUGAGGAAAAUGAUAAAUUUAAUACAUUUCCUUCAAAAGUUUUAUCACCUAGAACUGGAAUUAUUGGGAGUGCUUUAAAAAAAUACCAUUAUAUUAAGAGUAAUAAAAGAAGUUCCUCUACAGAAGAUAUCUUCAGACCAGGGGAAGGAAACCAAAAAGAUAUUAGUAAUUCAUUAGAAAAAUUAAAUUGUAUUGAAAGAGGUUAUUUUAGUUAUAGAAAUAGGGAAUAUGGGAAUAAAGUCGAUUGGCGUGGAGGUAUAAUUGGUUCCGAAUUAGAAAAAGUUAGGAAACGAACCAUGAUGAAUAGCAAUUAUAUGAGAAAAGAAAGUAUUGUUAGCGAGAAAAAUAACCAGGAUAAUGAUAAAGUUAAAUAUUUUGAAGAAAAACGUUUUAAAGAAAGUGAAAAUGAAUUAAAAAAAUAUAGUCAUAUAAAACAUGAGAUUACCAAUGAAAUUGAUGGUGAUGAUGAUAGUAAUGAAAUUAUAGAAAAUAAUAAAAAAUAUCAUAAUGAGAAGUUUAAUAAUGUUGCAACGGGUAGUUUUACUGCAAAGAAAGUUGAAAAUAAUAUAGAUGAUAGUUUUAGUAUCGAAGAUUUAGAAGAUGUUAUCAGUGAUACUGAUGACAAUUCUGAGAAUGAAAAAGAAGAAAAAACUACUAUAGAACCAUUAACAAGUGAUGUUAAAAUGGCAUUAAAAUUAAUUGAAUUAUCUAAAAAUCAAAAUUGGACAGAAAUUGAUAAAAAAUUAAAUAACCAUGAAAAAAUAAAACUUAGUCAUGUAGAUGAAAAUGGAAAAAGUUUAAUAUAUUAUUUAGCUAAAUAUGGACCAUUAAAGCUUUUAGAAAAAUUAAUUUCAAUUGACUGUUCACUUAUAAAUUUUACAACCCCAGAUAAUGAAAAUUUAAUUCAUGCAGCAGUUGAGUGUAAUGAGGCUAUGAUUGUAAAAAGUUUAAUAUUAAAAGAUGUACCCUGUAAUAUUAUUACUAUAUCAAAAAAAUAUAAACCAUUACAUUUGGCGGUUCAGCGUACUGAUCAUCAAGCAUUAUCAAUUGUAGAUAUUUUAAUAAAAUAUGAUCCAAAAUCACUUAUUUCUCAAGAUUAUCAGGGAAAUUUACCUAUACAUAUUUGUUUAAAAACAUAUGCUAGAAUUGAUAUGAUAUCACGUUUAUUACAAUUAUAUAUUGAAGAACAAAUGAAUAUAGAGGAUGAUGAUGGUAAUAAUGCAUUACAUUUAAGUGCUUCUAAAAAUCAUCAACUAUUUUCUUAUAUGUGUUCACAUAAUUGUAUGCUAUCUAUAAAUAAACAAAAUAAAAAAGGUGAAACACCUUUUCAUUUUGCAGCAAGAAUUGGCGAUGAUCAAAUGUUAAAAUCAUUUUAUAAAUUAGAUGCAAAUGUUAAUAUUUGUGAUAAUAAAGAUAUAUCACCAUUACAUAUUGCAGCAGAGUUAGGUCAUACAAGUUUUGUGGAACGUUUAAUUGAUAAAUUUGGGGCAUCAUUAACUGCCAGAACAAGAGAUGGUGAUACUUUAUUACAUAUUGCUGCAUACUCAGGACAUGCAUCAACAGCCUUAGCUUUCUUAAAACGGGGUGUUCCUUUAAAUAUGCCUAAUAAAAAAGGUGCCUUAGGGUUACAUACAGCUGCUGCUGCAGGUUUUAAUGAGGUUGUCAAAAUGUUAUUAGCAAAAGGAACUCAUAUUGAUAUUAAAACAAAAGAUAAUUUUACUGCUCUUCAUAUUGCUGUAAAAAAUAACAAACCAGAAGUUGUAGAAACAUUAAUUGGUUUUGGUGCUGAUGUUCAUUUACAUGGUGGUAAAAAUGGAGAAACUCCUUUACAUGUUGCAGCAAAUUCUCAUGAAGAAAAUGCCAUUGAUUGUGCAUUAAUGUUAUUAAAAAGUGGUGCACAACCAAAUGUUCGUAUGAAUGAUGGUCAGACAAGUUUACAUGUUGCAGCAAAACAAGGAAUAGAAAAAAUGAUAUUAUUAUUAUUAGAAGAGGAUGCAGAUCCUACAUUAGUAUCAAAUAAUGGUGAAACACCUCUUCAUAUAGCUGUUCGUUAUUGUAAUUAUCGUGGUUGUUAUUUAAUAAUUAAUUAUUUAAAAGAAAAAAUGUCUGAUAUUAAAAUUGCAUCAUAUGUAAAUAUUCAAUCAACAACAGAAGGUAAAAGUACUAUACAUUAUGCAGCUGAAAUAACACCAGAUCAAUGUCAUUAUCAGGGUGAAGAAGCAGAUAUUGUAAAAUUAUUAUUAAAAUUUGGUGCAUCACCAGAAUUACAAACUACAUUAACUGGAGAAACAGCAAUGCAUCUUGUUGCAAGAAGUGGUAAUGAAUCAGUUAUUUUAGCAUUAGUUAAUACAAUUGGUGUUGGUAUGGUACAAAUAAUUCAAAAUAAACAAUCAAAAAGUGGAUGGGCACCAUUAUUAGAGGCAUGUGCACGGGGACACCUUGGUGUAGCACAAAUAUUAUUAAAACAUCAUGCACGUAUAGAUGUUUUUGAUGAAUUGGGUAGAACAUGUUUACAUUUAGCUGCUAUGAAUGGUCAUGUUCAGUUAACUCAUAUGCUUCUUAGAAAUAAAGCAUUUGUCAAUUCAAAAACAAAAUCUGGUGAAUCACCAUUACAUUUAGCAUCCCAAUUUGGUCAUACAAAAGUUGCAACAGUUCUUUUACAAGAUUAUGGUGCUAGUAUAGAAGCAAUAACAUUAGAUAAUCAAACAGCUUUACAUUAUGCUGCAAAAUUUGGUCAAUUAGGUGUUGCACAGGCUUUAUUAGCAUUUGGUGCUAAUCCUAGUGCUAAAGAUGAUAAAGGACAAACACCUUUACAUUUAGCUGCUGAAAAUGAUUAUCCAGAUGUUGUUAAAUUAUUUUUAAAAAUGAAACAAAAUAAUCGACAGGUAUUAACAGCAAUUGAUGGUAAUGGUUUUACAUGUGCACAUAUUGCUGCAAUGAAAGGAAGUUAUGCUGUUGUUAAAGAACUUAUGAUGAUUGAUAAAAAAAUGGUAUUAAAUGCUAAAACUAAAACAAUGGAAGCAACAGCUUUACAUAUGGCAAGUGCUGGUGGACAUACAGCAAUUGUCAAAGUUUUACUUAAAAAUGGUGCUAAUAGUGAGGAUGAAAAUGCACAUGGUAUGACACCAUUAUUAUUAGGUGCUAAAAAUGGUCAUGUUGAAAUAUUAGAAGCAUUUGAUGAGGUAAAUUGGAAAAGAUGUAGUAAAAAAACUGGUCUUAAUGCUCUUCAUAUAGCAGCAUAUUAUGGUAAUACUGAUUUUGUUAUUGCAAUGUUAAAAAAAGUUCCUGCAAAUGUUAGAUCUGAACCACCUAUAUAUAAUCAUUUAGUUGUUAAAGAAUUUGCCACAGAAUAUGGUUUAACACCAUUACAUUUAGCUGCACAAUCUGGUCAUGAUGGUUUAGUUAGAAUGCUUCUUAAUCAAACAGGUGUUCAAGUUGAUGCUACAUCAACAACAAUGAAUGUUAUACCAUUACAUUUAGCUGCACAACAGGGACAUAUAGCUGUUGUUGGUAUGUUAUUAUCUAGAAGUACACAACAACAACAUGCAAAAGAUUGGAGAGGUAGAACACCACUUCAUCUUGCAUCAAUGAAUGGACAUUAUGAAAUGGUAUCACUUCUUAUAGCACAAGGUAGUAAUAUUAAUGUAAUGGAUCAAAAUGGAUGGACAGGAAUGCAUUAUGCCACAAAAGCUGGUCAUUUAGAUGUUGUAAAACUUUUUAUUAAUUCAUCAGCUGAUGCUCAGGCUGAGACAAAAGAAGGUAAAGUACCAUUAUGUUUUGCAGCAGCAAAUAAUCAUAUAGAAUGUUUACGAUAUUUAUUAAGACAAAAACAUGAUACUCAUUCAUUAAUGGAAGAUAGAAAAUUUAUAUUUGAUUUAAUGGUAUGUGGAAAAAAUACAGAAAAUGAACCAUUACAAUUAUUUAUUUUACAAUCACCUGCUCCAAUUGAUACAGCAGUAAAAUUAAGUUCACUUUUUCGUGAAAUGAGUGAAAAAGAAAAAGAAAGAGCUAAAGAUUUGUUAAAUGUAUCAAUUUUUGCUGAAGAGAUGGCUGUUGAAUUAUUAGGAAUAACUGCAUCAGAAUAUAAUCCAGCUAUUUUAUUAAAAGCUAAAGAUUAUCGUGGUAGACCAUUAUUAGAUGUAUUAAUUGAAAAUGAACAAAAAGAAGUUGUAUCAUAUGCUUCUGUACAAAGAUAUUUAACAGAAAUAUGGACUGGAAGAGUUGAAUGGAGUUUUGGAAAAACUGUUGCUUUUGCUUUAUUUGUUUUUAUAUGCCCACCAGCAUGGUUUUAUUUUUCUCUUCCAUUAGAUACAAGAAUUGGAAGAGCACCAAUUAUUAAAUUUGUAUGUCAUAUUGUAUCACAUGUAUAUUUUACAAUUCUCCUUACAAUUGUUGUUCUUAAUAUAACACACAAAAUUUAUGAAACAACAUCAGUUAUGCCAAAUUAUGUUGAAUGGAUAUUAUUAAUAUGGUUAUCUGGUAAUCUUGUAUCUGAAUUAAGUAAUGUUGGUGGAAGUUCAGGAUUAGGUAUUGUAAAAGUUCUUAUAUUAAUAUUAGCUGCUGCAGCAAUAGCUGUUCAUAUUUUAGCAUUCCUUCUUCCAGCAUUUUAUUUUACAAAUCUUGAUAAUGAUGAAAAAUUACAUUUUGCAAGGACAAUGUUAUAUUUAAAAAAUCAAUUAUUUGCCUUUUCUCUUCUUUUUGCCUUUAUUCAAUAUCUUGAUUUUUUAACUGUCCACCAUCUUUUUGGUCCAUGGGCUAUUAUUAUUCGAGAUUUGAUGUAUGAUUUAACAAGAUUUCUUGUUAUUUUAAUGCUUUUUAUAGCUGGUUUUACAUUACAUGUUACAUCUAUUUUUCAACCUGCCUAUCAACCUGUUGAUGAUGAAUCCUCUGAAUUUAUGAGAUUAUACUCACCAGCUCAAACAUUAGAAAUGUUAUUUUUUUCAUUAUUUGGUUUAGUUGAACCAGAUAAUAUGCCACCAUUACAUUUAGUACCAGAAUUUGCCAAAAUAAUCCUAAAAUUAUUAUUUGGUAUUUAUAUGAUGGUUACACUUAUUGUUUUAAUAAAUUUAUUGAUUGCUAUGAUGAGUGAUACUUAUCAAAGGAUUCAGGCACAAUCAGACAAAGAAUGGAAAUUUGGUAGGGCAAUUUUGAUAAGAAAAAUGAAUAAAAGAGCUGCUACCCCAAGUCCUAUAAAUAUGUUAACAAAAUUUUUUAUUGUUAUGAAAGUUGCAUGGAGAAAUAAAUUAAAAGUUUGUACACCAAAAGCUCAACAUGAUUUAAGAUAUGAAGAAAAUAUUGAUGCUUUUAGUAUGACUGAUGGUAAUGGUAUUAAUUAUCAAGGAAUUGGUAGUGACACAGGUUUACCUGAAGAUGAGGAAAGAGCCACAAAAUCUUAUUCUAUUGAAAGUGUAGUUGACUGGAGAAGAAUUGUUCAAUUGUAUUAUCAAAGCAUUGCCAAAAAUGGAUCACAUGGAUUUGAGGGAGAUGAAAAUAGAGAAGAAUAG